GUCACUAGCACCACGUAGCGCAUCCACACUAAUUCUGCGGGAAGUAAUAUCUUAUCAGCUCCGAUUCCGUGCCGUGCGAUUCCCAACCGGGUGCCUUUACUUCUUCCGUGGGUGUUGUUACGUGUGGCUGGCUUUCCAUUUCAUUUUUCGACUAGCGGCUUGAUAAGACCGGUUCCAGCCGCAACUACCGAACAAUCAGCGCACCAAAGUACAUCGCUUCGUUUGUGAUAAAAGGAAAAAAAAAAUAAAUAAAAAAUGACUGAUAUUAUCAGGAAAGGAGCUCUGUUCCUAAUGAGCCCAAAGUGUUACGAUAACUACUUCCUGGAGCACGACUUUUUGGACAUUCCCUGUUUCAAGGCCUUGCUGAGCAAGGGACUUGGACUGGCUAUCAUUGCCGGGUCAGUGCUCGUUAAGGUCCCCCAGGUGCUGAAAAUCCUCAGUAACAAGUCCGGCGAAGGCAUCAACAUAGUGGGCGUCAUGCUGGAUCUCUUGGCUAUCUCGUUUCACAUGUCCUAUAGCUUCAUGAACGGUUAUCCCUUCAGUGCCUGGGGCGAUAAUACCUUCCUGGCGAUUCAAACAGUGACGAUUGCGGUCUUGGUCUUGUAUUUCAGCGGUCGCAAGGCUCAGUCAGUGGUAUUUCUAAUGGCAUAUGCAACACUUUUGUACGUGCUCAACUCUGGCUUGACACCAAUGAAGGCAUUGCUCACCAUCCAGAGCUGCAACAUUCCCAUUCUGUUGGUGGGUAAGCUGUCGCAGGCGUACACCAACUACAGGGCUGGAUCUACCGGCCAAUUGUCAGCCGCCACAUGCAUCAUGAUGUUUGCCGGAUCGGUGGCUCGAAUCUUCACCUCCAUUCAGGAGACUGGCGAUCAAAUGAUGAUUAUUACCUUCUGCGCCUCCACAUUCGCCAAUGGAGUUAUUGUCUCACAGCUGAUUUACUACUGGGACAAACCUGCUGGCGCACAGGCCGUCAAGGCAAAGGUCAAGAAGCCCAAAAGCAAGAAGGUCGAUUAGAGAUUAGAAUUAAAAUACCUCGAAGCUCUUGAGUUGGAACAUUUUCUCGACAUUGUAGAACAAAUAUUGAAAGAUUAAAUAAAUUCAUUCUUAGUUUAUGGAAAGCAAA